UUCGUACCAUGAGUACCAUGCCUGCCUCAGCCACCCUCCCCCAUUCUGCAGCUGUGACGCACUCGGUCUUCAAUCUGUGAGCAUCAAUAUGCAGCCUCAAUGUUUAUUCUCCGGGGAUGUGAUACUGAUAGCACUCUCCCUUCAUUUUCUUUCUAGGUGCUAAGGAAUGACACACUGAGUUGUCUAUGAUCUUGUGAUCCCAAGAGAAUAGCAGCCGUGUUCCUGUGCAGUUGAAUGCCAUGACAUGAGUGUAAGAGAGAGGAGCUCGACUGUGUCAAGGCGUGUGCCUGUAUACCACAGACAAAGAGAAUGUGCAUGCGUGCACAGGCAUGAGACAGAUGGAGGUUCUCUCUGAGUUUUGAAGCAGGAAUCCCAUUUUAGCCAGACAUGCAUGGUAGCAGGGUAGAUGUGGUUCAGCUAAAACCUCAUUACUGUGCCCCGCUAGCAGACGCUCAGUCGGCCACUCGCUCUCAUUUCUCAUAGUGUUCAGCGCGGGUGUGGGAUGCAGCAGCAAGCGACUCUCUGUAGUCGUCAACCAUGCUUAAUAAAGUUGUUGCUUCCUGCUUUGCGGGUGCAGACUGCACAAGCCACUGGGGCAUCACAGAGGCAGAGCUCUAGUCCCGUCCUGCUAUUUAUACCCUGAAUGUGGGUUCCUUUGGCUGCUGGGCUAAUAUCUGGGACAGGGGGCACCCUGGGCAGCGGAGACUAGUCUGCCCAGCACUGGGGUGAGCGGGGAGAGGAGAAGGACUUUGGAGCUGGAGUGAGCAGAAUAGAGAGAGGGUGGGAGAAGUGGAAAUACAACAACGAAAGCUCUGCAUCAUACAGCACCAGUGUGCAGCGAUUAAUCUAGGGGGAAAAAAGUCUGCCUUCCGUUUAUGAAACAUUUUUUGGCGUACAAUAGAGAGCAUGAAGUAAAGAGGAGGAAUACAGCAUGAUAUUGUUUCCUGUUCCCCUUCUGCAUCAUUCUCUCUGAUUUGUCAAGAUGACUGUGGUGCACCCCGGUACUCAGUGUCUGAUGGACAGUGCCCACCCCCAGGCUGUGCUCAGCAGGCUCAGUGACCAGCGCUCCCUGGGCCUCUUCUGCGACGUCACUAUUGUGGUGGAGGACGUCAAGUUCCAGGCUCACAGGAAUGUCUUGGCGGCAUGCAGUGGCUACUUCAAGAGCGCUUUUGCCACCCCGGAGGGAUGGCCCUCCAAUCAGGUGCUGGAACUGAUGGACCUCAAGUCAGAGGUGUUUGCCAGUAUUCUGAAUUUCAUCUAUUCUUCUAAGGUGGCAUCAUCCAGCAUAGAGGAGCAGACAUGUUUAAUAGCAGCUGGAAAGAGACUGGGGAUUCCCUUUUUAGAGAGACUGAUAGAAAAGGAGAUGCACAGCUCCGUGGCCCCACAAGUUGAGAUCAUUCCUAUCUCAGUCAAGACCCCAGACCCCUGUCAAGCCCACGCUCCCAGAGAACCUCGAGGGGACACCUGUCGGCCUGAGGAACCUGACAGUUCCCAGGGUCCACGGAUCACUAAUGCCUUCUCCAUCACUGAAGUGGGCCCUGGAAACCAUCUCUUCACUCCUCUGGUUUUCCGCAGUAAGGAGAGGCCUUCCCCAGACCUGGGCCAGCCCCCAGCUGGCUGUCCAGCCCCAUGCAGUCCCACAGCAGACACUGAGCCAAACAACACCCUGUCAGAGCAUUCCUAUGCAGUCAACCAGGGACACAAACCCCCAGAAUACUGCUGCCAGGGAGACAGUAAGAAGAGCAACAAGCCCUCAAACUCACUAACAAAGCAAUUAGUGAAUCGGAAUUCGGGUCCACUGAAAAAGCGCCACAGCCUGAGAGGCACUUUGACCAAAAGUAUCCUCCCUAAUUCGGCUGUGCCACAUACACUUUUACAAAAUACUGGAGAUAGCCUCUCAGCCAAUGAUUUCCCAGACACACAAGGAGUAAUGGCACCACUGUCACUGUACGCAGAGACUGAGGUGGAGAAGAGCAGGACUACCUCUCUGGAGCUGCCUCUGGCCAAUGAGAAUGUUCAGAUGGAGUUAGACCCACCCACACUCUCACCUCACACACAAGCUAGCAUAUCUAUCUAUGGCUGUGAGUACUGCCCAGAGAUAUUCACCAAUAAAGCACUUCUCACCGUACAUAUGGAAAUGCACAAAAAACGAUUUGUCAGCCAUUUGUUUUGCAAAUUCUGUCACAGGAAAUUCAUCCACCUAAAACGAUUGCGUAAUCAUGAGCAGGUGUGCCUCAAGGCCUUGAAAAGCUCACUUGAACAAGAGUCUGAUGACGAGGAGGCAAAAGGGAAUCCUGGAACAGACAGCCUGCCGGGCACUGACAUCAACAACACAGGACCAGAUGUACACUUGCCUUCCCCGGACCUCUCCAACCCCCACACAUCAGAAACCCUGGAGCUGGACCAAUCCCAACCCCGCGUGGCCGUGGAGAAGGCGUUGAGGCCUGGAGGGUCUAAGAGGGUGUAUAACUGCAGCGUGUGUAAACGGGCCUACGUGACGUUGUCCAGUCUGAGACGCCAUGAGAAUGUGCAUUCCUGGCACAGGGCGUACCCCUGUCACUACUGCAACAAGGUGUUUGCCCUCGCAGAAUAUCGUACCAAGCAUGAAAUCUGGCAUACAGGCGAGCGUCGCUACCAGUGCAUCUUCUGUCUGGAGACCUUCAUGACCUAUUAUAUUCUGAAGAACCAUCAGAGGUCCUUUCACGGGAUUGAUCCCAGAAUGGCCGUGAAUAAAAAGUCAGCAAACGGUGGUUUGAAAGGCAGUGUUUACCCAAUCAAACUCUAUAGACUCCUGCCUAUGAAGUUUAGAAAGAGGCGCUAUAAGACUUACAGUCAGACCUACUCAGAAGGGCUGGAGAGCAGUGACCAAGCCCCACUAGAAUGCAGUUCUCCCAUCCCAUCACUUCAGGACAGUGGCGCUAUGAACAAUGCAGACACAGCAUUGUUCUCCAUGCCAGUGACUUUCAUGGCCACCCCGAAGAUGGUCGCCUCAGUGAUGCCUCAUAUUAGUUUUGAUCAGCCAUGUGACCAGGAAGUAGAUCCGAGUAGAUCCCCAUCAAUCCCCCAGCGUGACAUGGAUGACUAUAACGCCACAACGCAACCAGAUGGGGAAUCCUCAGCACUCGACAGAAGUCCCAAAAUGCCAUUUCAAGAAGUUAUGCCACGAAGCUCACUGAAUACUGUGAAUAGGUUGAGUGAACUUUCAGCAGCAGCAAGGAGAGUUGAGACUAUGACUAGUCAGCUACUUCAAGCAGGGUCACAGAGUUUAGGGCACAGCAAGGCAGUAGGGGGCAAAACAGAGACGUACAUUGCCAAGCCAGCAUGCCCAGGCCCGUCUUUGGACAGUCAUGUUCUGCCCCUUUGCCAGAUUACAGUGAAAAUAGGCAACGAGGCCAUCAUCCGCCGAAGGAUCAAAGGCUCCAAGCUGUUCCCCAAAAGAAAAAAGAGAAGCCAGUCCUGGAGCCAGGUGGAGAGUCAAGGCCUGAGCUGGCCUGCAGAGGUCGCUGUAGACAGUUCCAGUCUAAGUCGUCGUCAAAGAACCGAGGCCACUUCCUCUGUUGCCGAGCCAGAGCUGUGUGAUGAUUCCACUGAUCGUGAUGCGGCUGACCAGCUCUGGCGGCCCUACUACUCUUACAAACCUAAGAAGAAGAGCAAGAAGCUGAGAUCUAGACACAGGAAGGAGAGACGUUUCAAGCACUCCAUGACAUCCAUAACACCUAUGGCCGGCGAGGCCUACAAGGACACAAGCCACAGUAGCGGAGAUGUGAGCUUCUCAAGCGACAGUUUGGAGGUGAAACGUCGUCUCAGAAACAACAGUCCAAAACCCAUGUUUACCUGCAACAUCUGUUCAAGCAUCUUUAUCACUGAAUCUGGCCUUAAAGCACACAUCAUUGGCCUCCACCCAAGUUUCUGUCGGAUAUGCAGUAAGCAGGGGCCCCCUGGCGAGGGGCCUGCCUCUGAGACCUAUCAGGCCAGUGGUGAGUUCAUAUGUGAGAGCUGUAUGGAGAAUGGCUCCUGUUUUGAAAAUACAGCACGGAGCCCCAGCACAGAGAAGCGGUACCGCUGCGCUUUCUGUCCCCAGCGCUUCCUGUACCUGGCUACCAAGAGGAGCCAUGAGAAGAAACACCAAAAUCCCACUGGAAAGGGGUACCAAUGCGACACCUACACAACACACCCUAAAUCCACAGGAAGACUGCAUGAACACCAGGCAAAGUGUGCCAUCAAAACAGAGGAGGAAGAUCAAGACGGCACAGAGAGAGUGAGCAAACAAUCCAUAGAUAGAUUCUCAGUAGAUAAUAUGGAGCCUAAAAUCGAAGACAGGAAGGACACAGCUGACUAUAUGUCACUGACUCCGAAGCUGGAGGAUUCAGUUAGGACCGACAGUAAUAGAAACCAGCACACAACCAUACGAGCAAACCUUAGCAGACAGCUGUCACCCCCCUCCAUCAACACCAUAUUUUCUUUGUCACCCUCUGAGUUAAAGCAUAAAAAGACAAAAAAACAUUUUCGGAUGAACUAUGAACAUCAGACCUGUUUCACUUCUAAACGGUCACGGUCAGACUCUACAGGUAGGGACACAUCCAGCUAUCAAGACCUUCCGACCAAGACCAGACCAGACAACCAUGACAAUUAUGGACAGGCUUUUCCUACACGGUGGAAAAAGGACUUUGUCUCAAAGGGACCAACUUUUACCUCACAGAAGCCAGAAAAGACACUGUACAAAAAGGAACCACCUUUUCAGACCCACCACUGAUUAGCUGCCACACUGAAGUAGUGAAUGUAUUUGAUAUUAAUCACAUAUCCAAACCAAGAGACUAUAUAGGGAGGCCUGUCGGAUGCCAGACAUUGAAAAAGUGGACCUACAAUAACUGACAUAUAUGUAUUGUCUCUGCUCUUUAAAACACAUGUUCAUGUUCUUGAAAGAAGUGAUUUAUUUUUCUAUGAUUUUUAAAAGUCAAGAGUAUUAUGUUGCCCCCCUAUGCAUCACUUUAAUUGGGCAUAGUUAGUUACACUUUAUUGCAUUUGUUUAACUACCAGCCAUAAACAGCAGGCCAUGCCCAAUUAUUACUGCACGACAUGCACCUUUCAGAUUAACAAACUAAUAUUAGUUUAAUGUAUAUAUGAAAUGUGAUAACUGCUGUUUGAGUAUCAAAGGAAUCUAAUUAAAAAGUAUCAAUUUUGCAGUCUAAAAUGUCAGUGAAGACCAUUUUUGUAUUUUAUAUGAAUGUAUUGAAGUAUUUCAAUGUUCAAAGUACUUUUUUAACUUAUAAAAUACUAAAUAGUAAUAAUACAUUUAUAACAAAUUGCAUUUUAACCAAGUCUUAACGAACAAAUAUUGUGUACAUAGAAAGUUGGUAUGGUGUUUUAUUUUGUACUUUUAUAUAUAUGCAUUUAUUUUAAAAGGGACAGACAUGUAAAU